UGAACUGACAGGGAGUCAACAUCAGGACUACAGAACAGUGAGGGGUAGUCAAAUAGGGCAGAUACUGAGCAAAGAUUCUUGCAGUUCUGUAACUUGACUUCUUACAGCACUUGAUGCAUCACUAAUAACUGCACUCAACACUUGGCCCCCACUGAACUUAGGACAUCUAAAAGCAAGGCUCUGACCAUUAACUACUGCCUCUGGUCUCUGAUAAUCUCUAGUAUACUAUGGCUGACAAUAUCUGGCCAUUCCAGUUCUCUGCAAACCUCUUUUUCUCAUAAUCACAUAACAUUUCAACCAUCAGCUAUGUGGUGCGUGUACCCAAAGACAUGAUACCCGGCGUGGUCGAUUCCAACGGCACUUGGAACGGUGCCAGUGGGGUCAUCCAGCGACAAGAAGCCGACUUUUCGACCGCAACUUCUAUCUUUCUGGAAAGACUUAUAAUGUCUGACUACAAGCGAGCUUACCCGGCAGAUCAGUUCAUCAUUGUCUCUCUGAAGCCUCAAUUGCUACCCCAGUACCUCAUUAUAAUACGUCCUUACAAGGUUUCUGUCUGGAUUACCAUCCUGGUGGCCAUCAUUGCUUGGGGGUUAUCUCUCUGGGUCAUACAGAUGGCACGUUCCUACUACGCUAAACAAGACCCAAUGUCGCUGACCACGGCCGUCUUCUUCAGCUUCGCGGUCAUUUUAGAAGACCCGCCUUCCAGGCCUCCUAGCAAUUUCCUUGGACAGGUUAGGUUUGCUUCUAUUAAGCCAGCCUUAUGCUGGCAUGGGCUCUUGCUCUUCAGCAGUCAAACUCUGAGUUACCGAUGUUGCCUAUCCCUUACCAAGCUAUUCCUCUUAAACCCCUUUAAUCUAGAACAUCAUCCUCAGAUGCUCGUGGGAUGGUGGUUGGCUGUUUGCUUCCUACUCUCUACAGGCUACAGAUCUUCCCUCGUCGCCCACCUGACAGCACAAGGGAAGACGAAGCCGAUUGACAAUUACUAUGACCUCGUGGCCAAACCGAAGUGGCGAUGGGGCUGCGACGAGGUCGUGCUUUACGGCGUUGCUGACUCUUAUUUCAGGCAAAGCACGACCCCCGUCAUCAAGCAGGUUGCAAAGAGAGUUGAGUCCGUGAGCGUGAACGCUGGCCUCAAGAAAGUUCUAGAGGUUGGUACGCGUUGUUGACGAGUAGGAAUCGAAUCCAGACGGAGAUGGAGCCUAAUUACGCGAACGCUUACGGACAGACACCUUUCUACCUCAGCAGACAAGGAUACGCUCUAACACCAGCUCUUGGGUGGAUGUUCCGAAAAGGGGCGCCAUUUCUCCCUCGGUUCGCCCAGCUGACGGAUAGACUCAUCGAAGGUGGAAUUAUAGACUUCUGGCUCCAAGACGUCAUGGCCUCGAACGCCAGAAGGGCGAAGAAAGACCGGAACAAACAAGACAA